AUGAUAAGUCCUGCAGGUUGUAGUGUUCUUGAAGUUGGAUUUAAUGAACUAUAUUGUAUCCAACAAAAAGAAUGUAUUAUUCAAGGAAUAACAAGUUUACCAGAUGUUAGUUCAUUAUCUACAUUUUCAUUUAUUUUAUCUGACACAACAUCAAGUGGAAGAUUAAUAACUUCUACACUAAAUCUUAUGAGAAGGUGUAUACCAUUAUUACCUACUUCAUUUGAUUUUAUUCAAUUGUAUAAACAAAUAAUUUCAACAACAACUAAUGACGUUGAUUUUAUUCAAAUUCUUUCAUAUGAAAAAAUUAUGACAUUAAUUGUUCUUGGAGAUUAUUUAGAUACUGACAUUUUGAUAGAACUUUAUUCAAAAGUUCUUGAUGGGUAUUCUGAGGUAUUAAGAUUAAUGCAUGCUUCAUUAAAUGAACAUUUAUUUAAUCACCUUCAUACUAAAUUAAUAACAAAUAAGAAAAUAUGGAAAUUUAUUUGUCAAGUUCUUAGUACUCAUAAAAUGAAAGUUACACUACUUCGAUUUAUUUUAGAAAAUACACAACACCUUGAUGAAGAUUCAAUUAAUGAUCUUAUGCCUAUAUUAUUUGAAAUGAUAAUUAAUUAUAAAACAGAAAAAGAAUAUAUCAUUUCUGAAUAUUCUCAUUAUAUUAUUUGUUAUAUCAUUAAAAACUAUCAAAAAGAAAGUAAAGUUUAUCUUGAACAAUAUGUUUAUAUGGUUAUUACAAUGAUACUAUCGAUUAAUGGAGAAACUCAAUUUAAAUAUUAUAGUGGAUAUGAUAAGUCUAUUGAACCAAUGGAUAUAAGAAGUAUUUUAUAUCAUCAUUUAGACUCUUUAUUAAAUCAACCCAAUUUUAUUAUGUCAGUUUAUAUUAACUAUGACUGUGACCCUCAUGCUAGUAAUUUGUCUCAGUUUAUUGUUGAGAAUUUAGUAAAGAUACAAUUAGCAUAUCCAGUUGUUGUGCCUCAAAUAAGAAAAGUAUUAGUAAAUAUGUUAAAGUAUAUUAAUCCAGGAACUGGAAGCGGAAAAGAACUAGACCUUAAAUUAAAAAAAGAGAAAGAUGAAAAAGUUGCAUUAAGUUUUAAUAGAAAUAUUCAAAGUGGGUUAGAAUUAUAUAAAAAAACAUAUUUCCCUGAUCAACAAGAAUUAACUCCAAAACAAAUUGCUGAAUUUUUUAGAUACACCAAAGGAUUAGAUAAACAAUUUAUUGGAGAUUUCUUUGAAAAAAGAAAAGAAAUACAAAUUGCUACCUUAAAAGAAUAUUUGUACGAGUUUAUUCAAGACGAAAAUAUAUUAACAGGUUUUGUCAAAUUUGUACAGUCAUUAAAAUUACCUAAAGAAACUAAUUCAAUUAAUCAUAUCUUUGAAGAUUAUGCAAAAUAUUUUGCAGAAGCUCAUCUAGAACUUUACAGUAGUGAUGAUGUACUGUUCAUGAUUAGUGCUAUGUUAUUAUUAAAUGUUGAAUUACAUCAUCCUGUAAUGAAAAAUAAAAGAACUAAAAAAGAAUUUGUUCAAGCAAUGAAAGAAAUGAUACCAAAAGUAAAUGAAGAUAUAUUUAAUAAAAUCUAUGAUUAUAUUGACCAGAAUGAAUUUCAUAUUCCAAAUGAAGAACCAUCAAUAGAUAUUUCAAGAUUAAAAGAUGAUUUCAUAUAUAGAAAAAGUAUAAUGCAAGAAUAUAUUUCUGAUACAGAGUAUACAUCAAAAAGUGUUGAUGAAGUAGUAAAUAAAAUUAUUAAACCUCUUGUUCAAAAUCUUCAAGCUCAAUUUGAAUUAGCUAGCACUACAAAUGCAUUAGAUCAGGCAUGUCAAGGAUUUAUUGAAUUUGCAUCAUUAGCACAAACAUUAAAUAAUACGGUUAUGGCAGACUUUUUAGCAAAUAAUUUAAUUAAAGUUUCUACUAUUUGCCAAAAUCCUGAUUUAAAUACAUUUUGUUAUGAUAUUAAACCAAUCAGAGCAUCACUGUUAUUACUUGAAUUAUUUGAUAAAUUUUAUUCAAUAUUUAAUAAAUCUAUUCCAUUAAUUUGUGAAUUUAUGUCAUCACUAAAACAUUUAGACUUAUUCCCUACUAUUGAAGAAUCUAAACCAUCAGAGUUAUUAAAAUUAUUUACACCACAACAAACUCAAAAGCAGCAAUCCUCUUGGUUUAGUUCUUGGCUUGGAGGUGAAAGUCAAACAGAAGAAUCUAUUCAAAAAACAAAAAAUUUAUUUAAGACAAAAUCAUAUAGUAAACAUAUUAUUACUGAAAUUACUAAAAAAAUGAAUGACAAUGAAUUAAAACAAUUUAUAAAUGGAUUUUAUUCAAUUAUUAGUAAUAGUGAAGAAGGAAACAAUCAUAGUUCAGUUAGUUCAUUAAUAUUGCUUCAUCUUAUUAUUAGUUUUAAUUGGAAUAGAAAUUAUUUAAUUUGGAAUGAUAUUGUUGAAAAUAUUAUUAAACAAAUAGAUAAAAAAUCAGAUAAUCCAUUAGUAGAUUAUUUACCAUUAUUACCACUUUCAUUAAUUGAAGUUCAUGAAACCACUAAUUCUUCUGUUGUUGAAGAAACAAUUAAAUUAUUAUGUGUUCUUCCUGAAGAAUUUAUUAAAAAGAAUGAAAAUUUAAUAAUAAAAAAUAUUAUAAAAAUUACUCAAACAAUGAUUCAAGAACCAAAAAGUAUGAAUGAUAUAUUAAAUAUGUUUAUAAUUCAUACUUCUCAAACUACUGUUUUAAUCAAACAAUUAUGUACAGAAAAUAUUUGUUUAAUAAAAGAUAUAAUUAAUAAUCCAUUAUUCAAUUCUUCUCAUUGUAAUCAAAUGAAAAUAAUUUUAUGUAAUAUUUAUAAGACAAUUGCUUCUAGUUCAUUCUUUAAACAAUACAUUGAAAUUCUUACACUAUUUUAUUCUAAAUUAGUUAUGUUCUUAAAAUUAAAUAACGAACAUAAACAAACUAUAAUAAAUAAUUUCCAAUCUAUCUCUCUUUUCUUCUUUGUUGCUUGUUGUCAUCCAAUGGCUGAAAUUAGACAAAAUGCAUUAACAACUUUACAAAGUGUAACUCCUGAAUUCUUCUCAGCAACUACAGGAGAUGUUAUUCUUUAUUUCUUUAAAUCAAUGUCACAAUUUAUUAACUCAACUUGUUCAAAAAAAAGAAAUGAGAUCUCAUUACGUUGUAUUGAAAUGGUUACUAAAAUUUUCUUAGGAAGUCAUAUUAUUAUUUUAGAAAAAAAUAAAGAAAGUUGGACUAUUGUAAUGCAAAUUAUUCAAAAAAUGAAAGAAAAUAAUAGUAUUAAUGAAGAAAUAAAAGAACUUAUAAAAAAUAUGAUCUUUGUACUCGUUUGUGAAGAAAAAAUAAUUAAAGGAACUGAAGAAUGGAAUAUAACAUUUAAAACUGUUGAAGGAAUUCUUAAUGAAAAUGACUUCAUUUCAUCAAACAAUGAAAGAAAAGAUGAAGAAAUAAAAGAAGAAAUUACAUCACACAAUCAAACAGAAACAAAAGAAAUAAAAAAUACUAAUUAA